UCCCGGUGCGUUUGUGCUUCUUGUUGUGGUCCGCAAUUUUCUUGUUUAUCCAAUUUUGACCAUCAAACUUUUGCGAUUGAGCCUUUCAAACUUUUCUAAUUCAAACCGCUUUCGCUCACCCUUCUUACGGUUGUCCUCGUCCAGCACAACGGAGUCUCAUCCAUAAUCUUGAAGCCCGAGGAAGUCCGAUAGCAAACGGAACAAAAAUGACAACCGCGCUUUAUUUGGAGCACUAUUUGGACAGUUUGGAGCAUUUGCCCAUUGAGCUGCAGAGAAACUUCACUUUACUCCGCGAUCUGGACGCUCGAGCCCAAAAUCUGAUGAAGUCCAUUGACAAAUUGGCCACCGAGUAUUUAGAGGGACUUGCAUUUCCAACCAACAAAUCCAGUAGCACCAGCAGUGACAAGAAGAAAGAGCUCAUUUCGAAUAUACAGAAAAUGUUCAACAAGGCCAAGGAGUACGGCGAUGACAAAGUUCAGCUGGCAAUCCAAACUUACGAAUUGGUUGACAAACACAUAAGAAGGUUAGACUCAGAUUUGGCCCGCUUCGAAGCUGAAAUCCAAGAGAAAGCGGCUGCUGGAAGUACUAGAUCUGUUGAGGAAACUCCAGGAAACAAAAGCAAAGCUGGUCGGAGUAAGAAGACAAAAGAAAAGGACAAGAAACGUUCUACUAGAGACAGCUCUGACGAUGAAGCUACCAAAUCAAGGAAGAAGCAAAAGAGAGGUGGCAGCAAAGCCCAGGCGGCAAAAGUUUCCGAAGCAGCUAUUACGACACCCCUCACUCAUCCGUCAGAUGUCCUGGACAUGCCCGUUGAUCCGAAUGAACCAACUUAUUGUCUGUGCCACCAAGUAUCGUACGGAGAGAUGAUAGCGUGCGAGUAUCCAGAUUGUCCCAUCGAGUGGUUCCAUUUUGCUUGCGUCAAUCUGACAACGAAGCCAAAAGGCAAGUGGUACUGCCCGAAGUGCAUAGAAGAAAGGAAGAAAAAGUAAACUGGACAAAUUGUCUUUACAUUCAAGCAAUAUUUUUUCCGUUUGUAAUAUAUUAUUUUUUUGAAACUUCA